AUGCUUCUACUCUCUGCAGAAGCUGCCAUUGAUGAGAAUGAGGAAGAGUCAAUUGACCACUACCUGUGUCGAUGUCCAAUUCUACAGACGAAGCGACUCAAGCACUUGGGUUCCCGCUUCUUCAACAGUCUGGACGAGGCAGCGGAGGUAGAACUAUUGGAUCUCCUCGGCUUCAUUAAGGAUAGUAAAGAUAAAGAUAUAGAUAUAGAUAAAGAUAAAGAUACAGAUACAGAUAUAGAUAAAGAUACAGAUACAGAUACAGAUACAGAUACAGAUACAGAUACAGAUACAGAUACAGAUACAGAUACAGAUACAGAUACAGACACAGAUACAGAUACAGAUACAGAUGCAGAUACAGAUGCAGAUACAGAUACAGAUACAGAUACAGAUAUAGAUGCAGAUGCAGAUACAGAUACAGAUACAGAUACAGAUACAGAUACAGAUAAAGAUAUAGAUAAAGAUACAGAUACAGAUACAGAUACAGAUACAGAUACAGAUACAGAUACAGAUACAGAUACAGAUACAGAUACAGAUACAGAUACAGAUACAGAUACAGAUACAGAUGAGAUACAAUUUUGUAUGAGAACAACUCUCGAAUUUAUGCAGCUGCGCCAUCCGUCCAACUGCAGCUCCUAUAAACUGUCGCUGCGAUGGCCUUCAUCCUAG